UAAAUUGCCAAAAGCCCUCACCAAUCCACUACCACAAGUCUUAUCCUUUCAAGUUCAACCACAUCUCAAAAACACUUGCACUUGUUUUGGAACACCAAACACAAAAACAUGGCAACCCUUCAGUUUACACCCUUAACUCUUUUCAAACAGACAACUAAGUUUCCAUCUUCUUCUUCUUCUUCUUCUUCUCAGUUCAACACAUAUAAGAAAUCAUCAUCACUCAGAUUCACUGUGAAGUCUUCUUAUAAAGUGGUGAUUGAGCAUGAUGGCAAGUCCACACAGCUUGAAGUUGAACCUGAUGAGACCAUACUGUCAAAGGCAUUGGAUUCUGGUUUGUCUGUUCCUCAUGAUUGUAAGCUUGGAGUUUGCAUGACUUGCCCUGCUCGUCUUAUCAGUGGCAAAGUUGAUCAGAGUGAUGGAAUGCUCAGUGAUGAUGUUGUGGAACGUGGUUAUGCACUUCUGUGUGCCUCUUACCCUCGUUCUGAUUGUCAUAUCAGGGUUAUACCAGAGGAUGAACUACUCUCAAUGCAGUUAGCUACAGCUAAUGACUAAUCUUGUUUUCAGUUUUUAAUGUAAUUGCCAGAAAUCAAUCAAUGGAAUUGAGUUUUUUCUUGUUUCUUAUAAUAAUUGAUAUUGUCUA